CAUAGCCUAGAGAUAGGCUACUAGCUUAAGUUAGCCUAAUAUUGCAUACACUAAUUUCCAUACAUAGGCUAGGUACCUAGAUUGAAGCGAGUUUUGGCUAGGCUGUGGCUAAUGUUGUACUGUUAACUUCAUGCUAGUUAUGAUAUAUGCUUAGUAUAUGUUAGGCUAUGCAAAUGUAUCCUAUGAUAUUGCUUGGAAAUAAAUGUUUUAGCUUAAGCUGAUAUGCCUAGGCCUGUGUAUUAUUGCAUAAGUUGCCAAUAUGACUUGCCUAACCAAAUCAUUUUUUUAAUGUAUUUUACUCAAUUCUAAGACAUAUUUCUUGUAUGGCAUUUCUGCCGCAAAUGAAUGUUAACCAUUUAAUCUUAGGUUAGGUUAAGGUGUAAAGUUAGGGAGCUUUUCAAGAAUAGCAGUCCCACACGAACAUGGGACCUGUCCAAAAGAAUGAAACCGGUCCGUAUUGUUAAAAAGGUCAUGUCAACAAGACCGAUUCUUAACCUAGCCUAACCUUAACCUAACCUAACCAUGCUUAGUUGUGACUCAGGUAGAUUGUUAUGUACUCUAUCUGUGGUAUCAGUCAUUUUUUCUUUUCUUUUGAUGAGGUAGAGAUGUGGGAAGUCAUUGAUCAUAAUUACUGUCAAUAAUUACACAAUUACAUUGAUGUUUCUUUUCCAGAGUUAUUGCAGUAGCUAAUUUCUGUAUUAUUAUCUUUUUAGGUGGUGGUCCUCAUGAAAUUCUAGCUCUGAAACCUUCAGGGGAAGCUUUGGUAGGAUUGGGCCUACUGGAGCAAGAAGCAGUUGAGGGGUUGGCAGAUAUUGAUGACAGUGAGGACCCAGCUUCACCUUCAGCAGGUUCAGCCUUUUCUGUAUGGAAAGCUGGAUGCUGCUACCACCUCGGCUGCUGCUGCCACCACCUCGGCUGUUGCUAGCAAGCACAUGUCAGCAUUUCACAGCAUUGCAGAUGCACAACUUUUCGAGUUUGAUAUUAAUGAUGGCUCUGCAGAAGUGUCCGUCGCAGAUGAUAUACCAAUAUCAAUUAUUGAAGAACACCAGUAUGCACGGAGAGAGGAGCUAAGCCGUCCUGAUGUUUCCGAUAUAUUUCAGGAUACAUUGCUUAAUCAAAACGAAUUAAAUGAAAGUGUAAGGGUAAUAGCUGACAGCAUGGUAACAAUGACUGAUAUCCUUAAGAAACAUUUUGCAUAAUUUUUUUUUAAAGUGGUAGUACUUGUAAUAUAGUCUAUACAGUAGUAAAAUCUAUUUUUUUUUUAACCAUGCCCUAUAUGUUCCUAUACCAUGGGUGCCCAUAAGGUGAUAAAUAUCAUAUACCUCUUCAUUAUUGAGAAGUAUCUUGCAAGUCUUUUGUUUAAGAGUAAUGUGAUAUACUACCUCAUUGUCUUAAGCAAACCACUCCAGUAUUUAAUGAGGUUUAUUUUUUUUAUUUUUCCUCCAUGAUAUCGCGGUACUUGUGAUAAGUUUAGUAGUUUUUGUUUAUUUACAAUGCUAUUUCAUGUUAUUUCUCUAAUGUGGCUAUAAUGCAUGUUUUAUUAUUUAUAAGUGUAAAAUGACACCUCUGUGAUCUCAGUUACCUCUACCUUAUUGUAAGUAUAAUUUUUUAUAGUACAUUUUUUUAUUUACAUUGCUAUUUCAUAUUAUUUCUCUAUUGUGGCUAUAAUGCAUGUUUUCUUAUUUAUAAUAGUAUAAAAUGAUACCUCUGUGAUCUCAGUUACCUCUACCUUAUUGCAAGUUUUUUUAUUUACUUUAGUGUAUUAUUUCUUUCCUGCACAUAAUGUACUAUGUAAUACACUGAUAUUGCUAUUAAGGCAUUCAGUGAUACAGUACCCUGUUUGUAUCUAGGUAAUAUGAACAUAAAAUUCAUUUAUUUCAUAACUUGUAUCUAGGUGGCAUUUAUUUCAUAAUGUGAGUCACAGUAUGUAGUACUGUACUUAUCUCAGACCACCUUAACCUAUGUUAAAUGUGCCUUAUGAGUACCUGAAGAGAAGUGAUAAGCCAGAGAAAUUGCAUAUAUAUAUUUUCACCUUUGCA